GAUUAAUGUCGUUUCAGUACGCAGUGCACAGCUGAUCAGUGGUCCCAACGGACGGUCGCCGCUUGUUCGUGUCUUAAAAUCUUCGAAAACGACUGAAAAGUUACUAUUAUCCGCGUGUCUGUACAGUGACAAUUGAAAUUUCACUUUUAAAUACGUGAAUAAAAUUGCGGCAUUUACAAAGUGUUUUUAUCAAGUGUUCGAAGUGAACGAUUACUGGUUUCUCGUUCGUUGGACAUUUCCAAUGGUUGCCGUCCGGUAGGCCUUGCCAGGAGGAUGGGGGCCCACGAUGGGGGAGUGCCAUUGCUCUAACAUCGCUAUCAUGCAGCUGUUCCAUGAGCUGAAGCAGCAGUUCCCUGCGCUCCCUGAUCACGUCGUUUCCCAGUGCAUCGCCCAGAACAGCCACGAUCGGGAGACAUGCGCGAGAAGUCUUCGCGCCACCCAAGAGUCACGACAGUCUCCGGGUGCAUUCCCACCGGCGGUACUUUGCGGCAUCCUCCAGCAGCAACAGCAUCAUCAACAACGAGCGAACCACGUGGCUGCGCAGCAGCAACGUUGCUGUUCGAUGAAUCAAGCGCAGCGCGGUUGCGGCACGAGCAACCCCCCCACCACCAACAACACGCGGCCGCACAGGCCGGCAUCACUGGACAUCGGUAUGGCGCGGCGUUGCCCUGUCGCCUGUACACGAGCAGCUGCCGUAUCAGCCUCCUCGCCGGUCGCGGCUAACUCGUCCACCACCCCUUCCUCGGCGCCUGCCGUCUGUACGACACGCGGUUUCUUCGACGAUUGCACAGGAGCCAGCGACUCGAAUUGCCUUAACAAAGUCCAGAACGCGGGAAACGAGCCAGCCGGAUUCGAGCUGAACGUGAACGUUGCCUGUAGCCCUGCUGGCAAUCGCGACUUUCGAACGGUGCCUACGAUUGGUGGUGCCUGUAAACGAAGUGAUCUGCUCCUCGAUCCACGGACUUACUAUGCCGAGCCAUUACUGAACGUGGUAAACACGGGGCCGCAGAUCGAUCACACGCGAAGCUACACCUCGGUUAGUCUGACGCUGAGGCCCCCAUCCUCGGAACCUCAACCACCGAUCGACAUCAGAUCACAGGGCUCGAGUCUCACUUACUCGAGCUCCUCUCUAGAUCCUCGGGGCUUUCAAAGUCGUCUUCAGAUCAGCAUUGGGGCGGGAGCCGUUGGCACUGUGGCGGCUGCGAGAAUCAGGCCUCCGAUGGGCCCCAAUAGGCCCAACAGUCUGAUACCGCCGGCGCAGACCGGUCCUCAAAGACCACCAGGUCUUCCAGCAGGGCCACCUAGUCAGUUGCCGAGGCCUACGACGACAAUGAGCGCCCCAACUACACCUUCCGUACCAUCGACAACGAACAUCGUCCCUUCCAUUAGCCUUCCAACGACUCCAUCGCCGUUGAAUCAAGUGGCGGAGCAUCAAAAGAAAUUGGUCGCAGAGCAGUUAGAAAGAAAAGAAAGACUCGCCAGGGAAUUGAGAGCCGAGAAAGGACGACUCGAAGCGAUGAAGAAAGAAUUACAAUCUCUCACGAGGCCUCUUGACUCUUCUAUGCCUCCUCAAGAAUUAAAAAAAAAAUUACGAAGCGAGAUCUAUCAGUUACAAGUUGAAUGCGAUAGACUCGCGGAUGAAGUAGAUCAAUGGUCAGAUCCAAGAGUACCUUUGGGUGAAACGAAUGAAAAAUUUUAUCAGCAUAUUUAUACUGGUCAACCUUUACCAUCGAGUUCUGUCAGUUCCAAUCCACCGCCUUUGCCAAGUCAACCACCCGCCUGGCAACCUGAACUACUAAGUGAUAACAAUACUGACAGAGAAGAACGAGACGGACCUUCUUGGGUCUGUAGAAUGUGCACGUUCGAUAAUCAUCCAUUGAUGAAUAAAUGCGAACAAUGCGAUAUGCCACGGUUGAUGGAUCAUGGAAACACAGGCGAGACUCAAGAUAUCCAUAUACGAGUUACACAUCAUCAUAACUUUUCCCCAAGUCGGACAGUGCAUAGUUGGGUGGUAUAACGUAAAUUACAUUGGAAACAUAAAAACUGUAAAUACAAUCACUAUUUAAAUUAAAUAAAAAGUUGCAGCCAACCUAUUAUAUAGCUGUACCCCGUUCCAA